AUGGCAAGAAGAAUGGAAGGAAAAGAAGACAUUGUGGAAUGGAAUCAUUUGCUAGAAAGCUUAAGAAGUUCUCUGAGCGGACAAUAUGAUAUGAGCAAAUGGGUGGUUCCUAUUCUAAGAUCAAGCUAUGAUAACUUGGAUAGUAGAAAGUUGCAAGAAUGUUUCUUGCAUUGUGCCUUGAGUUUACAAUAUGAGUUCACGAAUCUUGCCUUUGAGGGAUUGAUAGAUGGAACACAGAGGUUGGAGGCAAAUCAUUAUGAAUUUCUCAGCAUCCUAAACAAGUUAAAAAACAUCAGUCUCAUACUCAUGGGUAAAAAAGGGAAGGAUGUUAGAUUACAUGAGAUAAUUUGGGAUAUGGCAGUUGGUAUUCUAAAAAGGACUUUCAUAGUGAUGGUGAAUAUUGAUGAACGGUUGAUGGAAAUACCAAACAAGGAUCAAUGGGAAGAAGAUCUACAAAAGAAUUACCACCUCAGAUGGAUCCCAGAUGAUUUUUUCUUGAGCAUGAAAGCUCUUAAAGUGCUUAAUUUAUCUGAUACUGCUAUUGAAUGUUUGCCAAAAUCUGUUUCAGAGCUGGAGAAUUAUUGGAGUUCCUCAAGGUUUAGGAAUGCUGCUAAAUCUUAUAUGGUUCGAUGUACGAAGAACUACAAGACUCAAUCCGCAAUGGACACAAAGUUCAAUAACUUCAUGGCAAGCCUUUGGAGAAGAGGUCACCACCUCUUCAGCUAUUAUUUUGGCCUGGGCAUCGAGACGCAGCCGAUUUUUGACGAAUAUGAACCAUUCGAGGGAAUUGGUGAAAAAGUGAUAGAGUUUGUUGGUUCAGAACAAGAGUGUCCGGAAAUCAUGCUGUUGAAAGACAUGAAAAAGCUGAGGAUAACUCGCUAUGGGUGGACCAGUUGCUUAUGUGAAUUUUUAUAUUUUCAUGGUGAUAUUGAAACAUGUAAAAUAGAAUCGUGUCACAUUAGCGAGUGUAAUAACCUAAAUUUCUUGUUUUGCAUGUCAAAUGGUUGCUGCUUUUGCCGCUCUCUUCAACUCACUGGCUCUCUAUUCCUCUGUGAUUUGAAAGACUUGCAUCUCCAUGUUAGGGACAGUGCAGAGUCAGUGACAAUAUCACCAACCUUGAUGCCUCCUAGUACUCCAUUUUUCCAUCUCAAAGCUCUCGUUGUGAAGAGAUACCACACCAUGAAGAAACUGCUGACACCAGAGUUGUCAUCACAGCUCCAAAACUUGGAAGAGAUGACUGUUGAAGAUUGUUUCUCGAUAAAGGAAAUAUUUUCAAUUCCUCAUCCGACCAAUCAUUUGGUGUACACUCUCGCACUCCCCCAUUGCGAUCUAUCAAGUUAUUCAACCUACCAAGACUUCAUUGCGUUUACAAAGGAUUGA